GGCAACCCGCAGUACAUGCAUGUGAUAUCGUAUUUGUUAACGCAGCAUAACUACGGCCACCCUGCAUCGCCUUAAUGCAUUUUGUAUAAUUCUUAGAACAUAGAUUGCAGCGUUGCAUUUUUGUUUAACGAUAAGUUUAUAGUUUAAGUUUUCAUUCUGGAUGUAGAGAGCACAUAUUAAAGACGUUUAAAUUAAAUCUUGUCUUUUUAAAAAACGUCCUUCGGUCCGUCGAAAUUUGAGUGGCGCAGCCGGUAGGAUACUCGAUAAUAUCCUGCUGCCGAGCUAACACUAUAGCCUAUAAAAGGAUCUGUGAUAGUGCGGUGCUUGUACGAGUAUCCUCGAACCAAAUAAAUAACUCUCCCGCGACGCGUACGCGUAAAACUCAAUCGCUGAAGUGAAACGCGUACUGUGACCUCAAGGACGAGCAUCCAGGAUCAUAAGUGAAGGACAUGGGAGCGAGCAGUCUGUUACUAAUUUUGGCGAUCCACGUGAUCCAAAACCAGGGUCUUCAACUGCACCAGAUUAAACGGAACCCCGGAAUACUACCUCUCCGUGAAGGCUAUGCAGUCGUCAGCAAUGACACAUGGAGAGUUAUUAAGGUUUUAGAUUUAAAGUUAAUAUAUGAAGAUUUAGAAUUUAAUAUAAAUAGUUAUCUAUCAUUUAGAAAUCAGGUUCAUAGUUGUAUUGAUAUACAAGCGUUAGGUUCCGAUUUUAUUACAACAGAAUUACAAACAGAUUAUCAUAUGAAUUAUACUAUUGAUAAAUUUGAACAAUUAAUUCCGUCUUCUAGAUCUAAACGUGGUUUAUUAAAUCCACUUGGUUCAGUUAUAAAAAUUAUCACCGGUAACCUCGACAACGAAGAUGCUAUACAAUUUGAAAACACUAUUGAAAAAUUAAAGACUAAACAAGACUCUAUAAUACAUAAGAUGACGAUCGUUACUGAGAUGGUGGGUUCGUUAUUAAAUGUAGCUGAAAUAUCUAAUAACAAUUUCAUUGCAAUCCAGAAUAAGCUAAAUGUAAUUGAUUCGCUUUUAAAUGACACAAAUUUACAUCAAAGGACUAAUGAAAUUAUACAUACACAUUCUGCAUUCUUACAUAAUUUUAUGUCUCUUUACGGGUUGAAAACCAUGCCACUUUCACAACCAUGCAAAGAAAUAGAUGAAGACCGGUUCCUAUGCCCGGAAAUACUGACAUCAACAUUAUAUAAAGACGAUUGUUUAGCUGAUCUUUUGCGGCUAUCUACAAAUGUUUCCAGUUGUCAGCCGAUUCCCAUUUCCAUAGAUGACGUGAAAAUCGACAAUGUUCUGCCAAAUAGAUGGAUACUAUACGUAAAUGUGGAAACAGUACUUACCAAGGUCUGUGAAAACGAGGUAACCCAAGAAUUCCUUCAUGGGCGGGUAACGCAAGAAUGCGGCGUGCGUGCGGGCGCCGGGGCGCGCGGUGGUGGGGGUUGCGUCGCGGUGCGGGGCGGCGCGGGUAGCGCGUGCCGCAGUAGCGUGGAGGCGCCGUCGCGGCCGCUCGCCUGCCUGUCCGCCAGCCCGGACGCGAACACGGAACAGCGGGACCGCGCGGACGCUCUGUCGGCUUUCGAACCGCGCAACUACCACUUGACUAGUGCCAAACCUUCAGGUUCAAUCACACAGGAGACGAUAUGA